AUGUGGUUAUUGCGCCCUCUUCCUUUAAUUGGGUGACUAGGCUAAACCACUGAAGUAAAUCGUUGUGUACUGUUGAGUCAGUAGUCACUACAGUGCAUACGAAGAAAUAGGCCAAAAUAUCUAAUGGCUUUUCAUAAUAACCGUGAGUUACGCUUAAUUUUUGGGGACGAACGUUAAAGGUGACAGGACCCAGGCGAGGCCUCGGUCUGCAAAUAGUGGAAUUCUGGCGAUGUGAGCACUGCUCCGGGUAAGAUUAUUGCCAGAAACCUAGCCCAAAGGCCGGAAGAUGGCGAAUGCAUGCAGCUGAUUAUAAACACUUCUACACUUCCUGUGGACCAGUUCAUACAUGACACAUUCUCCAUUCAGGCUGCAAAGGCGUUGAUUUCCUCCUUAACUCGAUUUAAUGGCAAGAAGGUGGAGAAGAAAACAGGAGAAAUAUGCUAACUUCUAUAUGAAACAUGUUCCACCAUUAUGCUAGAAAUAACAAUAAUGCAAAUCACCUGUGUUGUCAGUAAUUGGUGGACGUCUGGUUCAUUUCUACACUAUACCGGGAAGCAACUACCCAGAUGAUUGGAAAAUCACCAUGGACGAUUUUAUAAAGUUGAUGGUUUGCGCGUUUAUGCAAUGUUGAAUAUACUACCUAGAUAGCAGUUUUACACUACAAUUGCAUCAUGUAAUGUUCUACACUGACCACAAAUAUAAACGCAACAUGCAAAAAUGUCCAAGAUUUGACUGAGUUACAGUUCAUAUAAGUAAAUCAGUCAAUUGAAAUAAAUUCAUUAGGCCCCAAUUAAUGGAGUCCACAUGACUGGGAAUACAGAUAUACAUUUGUUGGUCACAGAUACCCUAAAAUAAAACUGGUCUCAGAGCAUUUCAUAUUCUGUAUGUAAAUCUUAUGUUUAGUAUGGUUACAUAAGACAUGGUUAAGGCGAAAUUAGGGUGGUUGGGUGUAUAACGUGAAGGUCUAGCAACCCAAAGGUUGCGAGUUUGAAUCUCAUCAUAGACCAUUUUAGCUAAUUAGCUAAUUUUGAACUACUUACUACUUUUUUGCUUGUUUUGCAACUACUUGGCAUGUUAGCUAACCCUUCCCCUAACCUCAAACUAUUUUAGCUACCCCUUCACCUUACUGUAACCUUAACCUUUUAACCUAACUCUUAAACGUAACCCUAACCCCUAGCUAGCUCGCUAACGUUAGCCACCUAGCUAGAAUUCUUAACAUAUUGUAGCGACCCGCACAGACAGUUAUGUGUUAGGCUAGUAGGUGGUUGUGUUGUACUUACCAGUGCCCAGUGUUCGUGGGGUCCGACAUGCCAAUCAACCUGCUAUCUGCCAAUCACGUGAAUGCCUGGAAUGUUCUGAUGCCGGGCACCCUGGCGGUUGGCGGAGUGGCGUGGAGGGAGGUUGGGCAGGGGGAUGGAGCAUUGGAAGUUAAGACCAGGUUUAGCCUUUAUUCUCUCUCUUACGUCUGGGCUUCACAAGAGAAGGUCACGGUUGGCUUGUUGUUAUCUUUCAUUUAUUUGGCGUGGGCUACGGCCAAACAGUAGCCUGUGUAAAGUUGGUUUAAUAAACCGUCAAUUCGUAAACUCAAGCCUCUGUCUGGACAAUUGCUCCUUUAUGAUCUAGUCAGGUCAUUACAAUAUCAUACGUUUGCAAAUUCGUAACAUAUUGUACAUUUUGUAAAUAUGUAACAUUUCAUACGAAUUAUAAUUCGUAACAUAUAAUAUGAAAUGGGUUAUGGACAUCCACAAAUUAAUACAUACCAUAUGAAACUAAACAUAUACUAAAUGGAGUGUUUUGGAUUUACAUACAGAAUAAUACAAAAUGCUCUGAGAUCAGGUUGAAAAAAAAGGUAGGGGCGUGGAUCAGAAAACCUGUCAGUAUCAUGCAGCGUGACACAUCUCCUUCGCAUAGAGUUGAUCAGGCUCUUGAUUAUGGUCUGUGGAAUGUUGUCCCAUUCCUCUUCAAUGGCUGUGCAAAGUUGUUGGAUAUUGGCAGGAACUGGAACAUGUUGUCGUACACAUUGAUCCAGAGCAUCCCAAACAUGCUCAGUGGGUGACAUGUCUGGUGAGUAUGCAGGCCAUGGAAGAACUGGGACAUAUUUAACAGUAUAACUUUAAACCGUCCCCUCGCCCCGACACGGGCGCGAACCAGGGACCUUCUGCGCACAUCAACAACGGUCACCCACGAAGCAUCGUUACCCAUCGCGCCACAAAGGCCGCGGCUCUUGCAGAGCAAGGGGCAACACUACUUCUAGGUUUCAGAGCAAGUGACGUAACUGAUUGAAAUGCUGUUAGCGCGUACCCGCUAACUAACUAGCCAUUUCACAUCCGUUACACAUAUACAGCUUCCAGGAAUUGUGUACAGAUCCUUGUGACAUGGGGCCGUGCAUUAUCAUGCUGAAACAUGAGAUGAUGGCGGCGGAUGAAUGGCAUAACAAUGGUCCUCAGGAUCUCGUCACUGUGUCCCUGUGCAUUCAAAUUGCCAUUGAUAAAAUGCAAUUGUGUUCAUUGUCUGUAGCUUAUGCCUGCCCAUACCACAAGCCCACCUCCACCAUGGGGCACUAUAUUCACAGCGUUGACAUCAGCAAACCGCUUGCCCACACGACGCCAUCCGCCCAGUACAGUUGAAACCGGGAUUUCAUCCGUGAAGAGCACACUUCUCCAGCGUGCCAGUGGCCAUCCAAGGUGAGCAUUUGUCCACUGAAGUCAGUUAUGAUGCUGAACUGCAGUCAGGUCAAGACCCUGGUGAGGACGACGAGCACGCAGAUGUGCUUCCCUGAGGGGGUUUCGAACAGUUUGUGCAGAAAUUCUUUGGUUGUGCAAACCCAUCAGGUUUCAAGGUGGCUGAUCGCAGAUGAUCCCACGAGUGAAGAAGCCGGAUGUGGAGGUCCUGGACUGGCGUGGUUACACAUGUUCUACAGUUCUGAGGCUUGUUGAACGUACUGCCAAAUUCUCUGAAACAACAUUGGAGGUGGCUUAUGGUAGAGAAAUGAACAUUCAACAUUCAGCUCUGGUGGACAUUUCUGCUGUCAUCAUGCCAGUUGCACGCUCCCUCAAAACUUGAGACAUCUGUGGCAUUGUGUUGUGUGACAAAACUGCACAUUUUAGAGUGGCAUUUUAUUGUCCCCCGCACAAGGUGCACCUGUGUAAUGAUCAUGCUGUUUAAUCAGUUUCUUGAUAUGCCACUGUCAGGUGGAUGGAUUAUCUUGGCAAAGGAGAAAUGAUCACUAACAGGAAUGUAAACAAAUUUGUGCACAAAAUUUGAUCGAAAUAAGCUUUUUUGCAUAUGGAACAUUUAUGGGAUCUUUUAUUUCAGCUCAUGAAACAUGGGACCAACACUUUACAUUCUGUGUUUUUGUUCAGUAUAUAUGACAUAAGCUUAAUUUGCUGUAACACUGAUACUGUAUGCCUAACCUAUGUUAUUAAAAAUAGACAAGUUAAUUGUACUAUAGGUCUAUGUGCAACAGGUUGAAGUGGCAAGUAAUAAAAUAGUUGACAUUCUGUUUUUCUUUGAGAAAGCUGUUCUUAUUUGUAUUUGUAUUUAUUAUGGAUCCCUCUUCCUGGGGUCCAAACACAUUAAGGCACUUACAUUACAUAUAAAACAAAAGAUAAAGCUUUGGAUAAGUAACUUCCCAUGUGACUUCUUUGUAAUCCACAAACUAAGAGGAUAUUCAAUUAUAAUAUUUUAUUUCUGAGCAGUGACUGAUCCGGUUCUUCUUUAUGUCAUUAUAUAGAAAUAUCCCACUGUUAUGUCUGAAAGGGUGAUGCAUUUUACAGCUCUCUUUUCCAAUGAAAAGCAUUUUGGUGUUAUUACACAAAAUAGUAAUGGAGAGUAUUUAUUUGUACUACUUGUCUUUAGAACAUUUUGUAAUUAUCCUACAAAAUAACAUUUAUUCCAUGUGUUAUCCCAUAUGACGCAUAGUGGGAGUUUUUCUGAUGUUAGAUAAAUCUGAAAUACAAGUUGUGCACAAAAGUUUUUAGAAAAUGAGGAACAAGGAAGUGGAUAUGAUAAAAACACUUUUUCAUCCGUAUGUUAAGAAUGCUUUUGUUUGUUCUUUAGUUAUCCAAACACUAUUAGGUGAAUGCUGAAAUAAUUCAAGCCUGUUUUAUUUUAUUUGCACUAUCUUAUCAUUCAUCUGGCAGCUAUUUGGGUACUGCAUGUGAUAAACCUUAUCUAGCAGUGGCUUUGCAAAUAGUGCUGGUGGAACAAUGAGCCAGAGAGUAAUGUGAAACCGUCUAUCUACAAAUGUCAAGGCUGCUUGUGGAGAAAGUACAAUAAGACGAGGCAGUCUUGAAACUUCCUUAGAAACUAAUCAGACCUGUUAAACCAGGUGGUGAAUAGGCAGGUACUGAUAGGAUCAGUAAGUCAUUUUGCCAGAGGAUGAAUGUAUGGUAAUGGAAUCACAGGUGACAGUGAAUGGAGAGGGACAGACAGAUGAUGUCAUAAGGUAUUAAGUCUUAUUUUCUUACUUCACACAUAUCACAUUGUGUUUAGUCUUUUACCAUAACUGUAGCUCUAUCAGAUGAUGUUUGCCAGUGUCACUGUAUAUUUGUAUCUGCCAAUUCUAAAUGAAUGGACAGAAUAGAGUGAUUAAGGAUAUAGGGUGACUUUAUUGAUAUAUACAGUGCUUGUAUGUUAUGUGUAAUACUGUAACAUGUUAUUGGGGAGCCAGAUGAUAUGAUAGAUAUCUUUAGUUUACUUAUCUGAUAUAAUUUCCUUGUUAUGACAGAGUUGUUAUACAGCAACACUAACAAAAAAAAUGUAUCUCUAAAAUGUAAAUGUGCAUUAAUAAUAUGAACCUAUGAUGGGUCGAACAUGAAAAUAUUCAAGUCACAUUCCAUAGAGGAGACUGGUCUAAAGUUUGUUACUGGAUCUCAUGAAUGUUGUUUGACCAUUGAGAAUUGCACUAAUUUUGCAUAUACUGUAGGACACCAGGGUAAAUAUAUGAUUUGAAUAGAACAUUACAAGUGCUGAAAUGAUAUGGCAUCCUGCUCUGCAGGGUUUUAGAUGGCAGAGAGACAUGAGUUUCCUUCCCACUGUAGACCUGUCUAUUGGGGACCUACGUAUGCCCUUCAAUGAAGAGGUCAAGUACUGUAUCCUGGGAAUCUCUGUAACCCUCUUCCUGAUUGCUAUGGGCAUUCUGGUGUGGCAAUUAUACCGCUACUGCUCACAGGCUUCAAAGGAACCUGUGGAUGACUUACUUUCAUCUGAUGGCAAGCCAGCAAAGACAGGAGACCUCUACACGGAAACCCAGAGGCCUAAUUUUAAGGUGGAGAAGCUCCAUGAAGAGGCACGGAGGUUGAGCCGUUGCCUGUCCAUGGGCAGCCAUGUGGAGCUGCCCGGCCUGGGGAACCAGCUGGAGGAGGAGGUGAAGGGCUCCCUGCGCUUCUCCCUCUACUAUGACCAGCUGCAGUCCAGACUGGUGGUCACCGUCCUGGAGGCCCGGGGCCUGCCGGUCAGGGACUUCAGCCGCAGUGUGGACCCCUUUGUGAGGGUUCGGCUGCUAUGGGCCAGGCAUGAUAAGGAGGAGCAGUCCUCUCCUUCACUGCAGUGUGUGCUAUCUGAAUGGCAGUCCCGUAUGGUGAAGGACAGCAGCAGCCCUAUGUUUGGGGACCAGUUCUCCUGCUCUAUGGAGGAGGAGGAUGUCCCUCACACCACCGUCAGGUUUGAGGUCAGAGACUUUGAUAAGUUCUCCAGGCAUGGGUUCUUGGGAGAGGUCAGAGUUUCUCUGUGUGAUAUGAAAAUCUCAUACCCUCUUGAAGUACUGGAGGAUCUACAGACACCACAAAAGGACAUGGUUGGAGAGGUGCUUCUCUCUCUAAAGUACCUCCACACCCUCCAGAGACUGGAGGUGGGUCUGCUGAAGAUCAGGGCACUGCCUCAGCAAAGUAAAAAAGACAAAGUUCGGUUGUAUGCCAGGAUCAGUGUCCUCUGCAACCAGUUCAAGCUGCGGCACCAGAAGUCCACUGCUAAGACCCUGUGUGAAGUGACCGUCUUCAACGAAGUCAUGAUGUUCACCUUGCCAGGCCCACAGAUCAGGGCGUGCUGCAUUGUGGUCUCUGUGUACGAGAUCCAUGCAGCCAGGAAGUCAUCCAAACGCCUGGUUGGCCAGGUCACCUUUGGAAAGGGAAAGAGGUCAGAGGAGGAACACUGGUGUUUGAUGAUGCGAUCAAUUUGUCAGCCAAUAGCAAAGUGGCAUCCGUUGUUGAUCUAAGGUCAGCCAGGCCCCCUACUUUGACUAUGUUCUUGUAAUGUACAGUUGAUGGUUUUCACAAAAUCUAAGAUGAAACCUCAUACUCUUCCAUGUAUAGUCACUAUGCAGGACAAGCAAAUAGAAAGAGUGGCAACUUACAAGAACUUGGUUUCUUGAUAGAUGAGUGUCUCACCUUUAAACCCCAAGUCAAAGGUCUUGUGAAAAAGCUUAGGCUCAAAUUUAGUUUUUAUUUUCAUAAUAAGUCAUGUUUUUCUUUUGAAGUGCGAAAGAGGCUUGUUUCUGAUACUUUUGUCCCUGUAAUUGAUUAUGGUGAUAUCUUGUACAUGUAUGCCCCUGUGGAGUCAUUAUGAAUGCUGGACACUGUGUACAAUGGGGCGCUGAGGUUUAUUACUGACUCCAAAGCUCUCACACAUCACUGUAUCCUCUAUAUGAGUGGGCUGGCUUUCAUUAGUUCUUUCGGAGAUUACAUCAUUGGUAAUUUAUUUAUUUAUAAGGCCAUAUUGAAACAGCUCCCAUUUCUGUCCAACAAACAAAUGAAAACUAUCGCCUGUGCUCACUUGACUGUGUUUGGGUGAUUGUGCCUAAGGCCCGUACGGAGAAAAACAUUCCAGUUCCAAAUUAAAGGAGCUUGUCCCUUUAUAUUAGUUCAAAGCUAGGUUAACACUAUAAUGGGAAAUUAUGGAAAGUGGGGGGCUGUCAAUAUUUUGACUCCUAGUUGCACCACACUUUCCCAAAUCAUCUUGCUGUUCAGUGUGUAAAUUGGUGUUUUUUAAACUGUAGUUCUUUGUGUUUUACGUUGUAAACGUGUCUGCAACUUUGUGUGCUGCUAUUUUGGCCAUGUCUCUCUUGUAAAAGAGUUUGGUCAUCUCAAUGAGACCGAACUGGUAAAAUAAAGGUAAAAUAAAAAAUGGAAAU